CAGCAGUGAUUGAUUCCAAAUUCUCUGGGUCUGCUUAUCGCAUAUCCAUGUAGCAGUGACUUUAAAUUCCAUAAUUUGUGCUGUUUUGGGUUCUUGACUACAAAGUUUCAUUCAUUUCCUGUUUAUCUCUUCCAUAACGGUCAGAAUAUAGUGUUAUCUGAGCAGCACAGAAUCUGGGAUCUCUGCCAUGGGCCGCCUUUAGCUGCUGUGCGUGGCAUCGUGUGGUGUGCGUGGAUUAUAGCUCUCCUUGCUCAUCGUAGUUGGGAUUGAAUGUUAUUUUGUACAAUUUUGUAAAGCGUCCAUUUCGAAGCCUGAUAGCCCCAUCAUGAGUGAACUGGACCAGCUUAGGCAGGAAGCUGAAGUGCUGCGGAAUAACAUUCGGGAUGCAAGGAAGACAGCAUGCGAUGCAUCGUUAGCCCAAGUGACGGCGAAUCUCGCCGAGCUUGGUCGGAUCCAGAUGAGGACCCGACGAACUUUGCGCGGCCAUUUGGCAAAAAUUUACGCUAUGCACUGGUCAACUGAUUCAAGGAAUCUUGUAUCGGCUUCGCAAGAUGGUAAAUUGAUCGUAUGGGAUUCGUACACAACUAACAAGGUCCACGCAAUUCCGUUAAGGUCCUCUUGGGUUAUGACAUGUGCCUACGCUCCAUCAGGCAGCUAUGUGGCCUGCGGAGGUCUGGAUAAUAUUUGCUCCAUCUAUAGUCUCAAAACCCGCGAAGGAAAUGUUCGCGUUAGUCGGGAACUGCCCGGUCAUACCGGAUAUUUAAGCUGCUGCCGCUUCAUAAACGAUAGUCAAAUUGUCACAAGCUCAGGCGAUAUGACAUGUGGUCUUUGGGAUAUCGAAACCGGCCAACAGACAGUCACAUUCACCGGACAUACCGGAGACGUUAUGAGUUUGUCGCUUGCUCCCAACAUGCGCUCGUUUGUUUCGGGUGCAUGUGAUGCGUCCUCAAAAUUGUGGGAUAUUCGUGACGGCAUGUGCAGACAGACUUUUACCGGACACGAAUCCGAUAUUAACGCUGUGACGUAUUUUCCAAAUGGAGAUGCAUUUGCUACUGGAUCCGAUGAUGCCACUUGCCGACUAUUUGAUAUCCGCGCUGAUCAAGAAUUGGCCAUGUAUACUCAUGAUAAUAUUAUUUGCGGCAUUACUUCAGUGGCGUUCUCCAAAUCGGGACGCCUGUUGUUAGCUGGCUACGAUGACUUUAACUGCAACUUGUGGGAUUCAAUGAAAGUUGAUCGUGUUGGCGUUUUGGCGGGACAUGAUAAUCGUGUCAGUUGCCUGGGAGUGACCGAUGACGGUAUGGCCGUCGCUACGGGAUCCUGGGAUAGUUUUUUGAAAAUAUGGAACUAACUGCCCAAAAUCCCGGAUGGGACACCAAUUAUAUGCAGUUUUAUACUCGAACAUGACACGACAUCUAUAAAUUCGCUACAUACCCUGUGCCAAAAUGAACAGAGGUCAUAUGGAAUCUCCAGCACACCUGAAAGGAAAAUCCCGAUGCAGCGAUUACAACCAGCGGACAAAGAUCCCCGUGGCACGGUGCAUGGCAUUUCUUAUCUCUUUUUUCUGUCUUUUAUUAUUUUAUGUCUUUUUAAGGUGGCAGUGUACGCUUUUUGUUUCUGUUCGUCAGUUACCGGUUAUUAACAGUCGGGUGCAUAUUGUGUAUUUGUGGGUUGUGCUUUUCCAAAAAGUGAAUUGCAGCUGGUGCAAAGUUGAUGUCUCAAAUCAAGAAUUUCCACUAAUUAUUAAUUCGUUUUAAAUUUUAAUGUUUUUUUCUUUGGCUUCUUUGUUCGUUGCGCCCAGUGGGUUCUGGUCUGGUUAGUCAGUUUGAUAGGCAGCGGUUUUUGUGUCGCCAUUAUUGUAAUCUCUGUAGUUUUUUAUUGUCUGUUGUUUUAUUUUGGUAUUGUGUACGCGUAAUCUCAAGAUUAAUUAAUACAAUAAAGGUUUGUUGAGCGGUA